GGAGCCACAGGGGGCUGUUGAUCACUUGAAAUAUGGCUGGCAUGACUGAUCUGGCUUGAUCCCACAAGAAAGAUAAAAACACAAAUGCGAAAUCGCUCCUGGCUUUUUACAUUUAAUGUAAAAUUUUAUCCAUCUUGUGCUUCUCAGAUGACUGAGAGUAUUUCCAGAUACCUCCUAUGCCUCCAGAUCCGGGCAGACAUUGUUUCUGGGCGCCUGCCCUGCCCCCCUGUGACUCGUGCCCUCCUGGAAUCGUACACCAUCCAAGCGGAACGUGGAAACUAUGUGGAUGAUGAGGUCCUCAACAAAAUCAAGCCACACACUGAUUAUUAUUUUGGGUCCAUUGAUACCAAGAAGAUGGAGGACUUGGUGUUGAAUUUCUACAAAGCACAUAUUGGCAUAGCUUCAGCAGAAGCUGAUUGUCAGUUCAUAGAGCACGCCAGGGGACUGCCCAUGUACGGGGUUCAUCUGCAUGAGGCCAAGAACAUCAAGCUGGGUGUGUCUGGCAAUGGCGUGUUCAUCUAUAAAGAAGAGCUGACGUUCUGUCGCUUUGACUGGGGUAACAUCGCAAAGGUCUCCUGUAAGGGCAGUGAGUUUUUACUGAGACUGAGGCUUGAAGAGAAGAACAAAUUUGAUGGCACCAUUACAUUUCAAAUGCCAAGUCCCCAGGCAGCCAAAAGGUUCUGGAAGGAGUGUGUGGAGCAACAUACCUUUUUCAGACUGGAACAGGCACCUAAAGCCAGAUUUCUCGCCUGGUACAAAUUUCAAUACAGUGGCCGGACCCUGGCACAGGUCUGCCAGGCAAACGCCUUUACUCGCAGGGAAACACCAACGGUUAAGCGUACUCCUCCCAUGUAUAUCUAUGCGCCUUUCAUUGAAGAAAACACCUUGAUGCAGGUGGACACAUAG